GAGUAUGCAAUUCUCCCUAGGAAAUUAUAUGAUGAGUUAAUGCUUUAUUUACCUAUGAAUCACAAUGAAGUUCUCCGAUAUAGUCUACAUACUCUGCAUGUGCAGGUGUAACGCAAUAGGUUGCAUAAUGCACUGGUUGUCUGAUAGUUUCAAGGAUUUGAAGAAAAGGAACCCUUGUCCAGGUGAUACACUAGAUCUUACACACGGGUGCGGAGCUACUGUAUAUAAAAAGACAGAAAAUGGAGUACUGUACAAAACAUUUACUCCAAAGAACGAACAAAGGAUUACGGAAGUUACAGACGAAGGAGGCAAAAUAUGGAAGGCAAAUGAAUCAGAGACAUGCUUACACAUUCGAUCUUACUAUAGAAAUCAUGAAGAGCUACUUACAAUCUGCACACAUAGUCCGGAAGGACUCGAGUUUCUGCGUUUUGAAAAGAGGGAUAAUCUCUGGGUGUCUAUAGGGAAGUUAAAAUUCAUGACCAAACUUGCACAAAUGAAGGAGACACAUGGCAGUAUACAUGAAAAGGAUUCAUUUUAUCAGGAACUGUUGAAAGAAGAAAAAAAACUCGGAGUAAAACUAGACAUUUUAAACAUUAACCCUUAUAAAACCAACGUUUUUGAUUCUGAGUUUAGGGGAGUACGCAGCAUUUCGUGUUCUCCGAAAACUGGUUUUUUUAGGAAAAUAAUGGAGGGUAAAGAUUUUAUAUGGAAAGCUCAACCGAGAGAGAUAUGCACGCUUGCAUACGUUUACUGUUGGAGCGGAUCACCAAGGCUUGUGGCGAUUUCCACGAGAAUAAAUGAUAAUGUAGUUUACAGACAUUUCGAACGGGCUUAUUUGGGCUGGUAUGAAAUAACGGAAGACGCUUUUUGCAUGGCAUUUGAAAUGAUGGAAGAUAGUUAUCGAUUUAUUCAUAGUUGA